UUUGACAGAAUUCGCCAUAAAACUAUUCAUUUUCUCUGGAAUUGCUAUACGAAUUUGAUAAGCGAGGUUGGUCAUAUGACCUAUUAUUGUCCAUUACCAACCUUGAUAAAGAAAAGGCACUCAAGAACAAUCACACCAACAAGAGAACAGCACAACAAUUCAAAAACACAAUAUCGACGAACAGUAACAAGGGUAGAACAAUAUUAAAUGAUCACUUGCUGAGUACCAAAAUAGGAAACGAUUUACAGGCUAGAUCGC